AUUUUAAAAAUCGAAUUUAUACUGAUUCGACGAUUUACGAAGCUGUAGAGGAAAAGGAAAGUCACUGCAAUCAAUGUCGUCUGUGAUUCAAAAACGACGAACUAAAAAGAGUACGCAAAAGAGCAAGGAAGUGAGUCAAAGAACUGUUGAUGAAGGAACAACUGCAGAGAAGAAGACUCAUAGAAAGCAGAUCGUGAAGUUUGUGAAGAAUGCUCUGGAGAAAGGACCAGCUGGCCUUCGCGCAGAGUUCGCUGCAAUGAAGCGCUUCAACGACUUUGAGAAGAUGAAAGCCUUCAAAGAGGCUCAGGAGCAUGGGAAGAACCGAUAUAAGGACGUCGGAUGUUUGGACCACAAUCGAGUCAAGCUCCAUCCACCGUGGCCUCACGACUACAUCCACGCGAACUUCGUGUCGACUCCAUCGAAUCCUCGACGCUUCAUAUGCACACAGGCGCCGUUGGAUAAGAGUUGUGCUGACUUUUGGUACAUGUGCCUGCAGGAAAAAGUAGAUUCGAUCUUCAUGCUGUGCAAUAUUAUGGAGAAAGGAGCUAAGAAGUGCUGCGACUACUUCGCUUGUAAGGAUAAGCCUGUGUUGGAGUUUGAGGAGAAGGGGCACAAGAUCAUUGUCAAAUUCGAGUCGACUGGGAAGAUGAAGUUCGAAAAGAACACUGACGCCAAGAUCACGGAGACGGUUUUCACAGUAGAAGGACCCGGUGGACUCGCUCAGAAAGUCACCCAGUAUCACUGGAUUGAUUGGCCCGAUCGUGGAGUGCCAACUGCUGAUAUGGCAAUUGUGGAGCUUCUGGCGAAAACAAGACCUUCCAAGGGUCCCACCGUUGUCCACUGCUCGGCAGGAAUCGGUCGUACCGGCUCAGUGGUCAUGAUCGAGUACAUUUUGGAUCAAUUGCUUGGUGGUCAGCAAAUCGAAGAAACCGACAAGAUUUUGCAAAAGAUCCGUGAGCAGCGGAACAACUCUAUUCAGACAGACCAACAAUAUUUAUUCGUGCAUCAAGUAAUCCUGAACUAUUGUCUGGAUAAAAAGAUGUUUGAUGUUGAUGUGAAGCUGGCUCAUCUUGCAUUCACAGAGAAGUACAUGAAGUCCGUUCACUAAAUAUACCUGCCGUCUUACAAUUCUUGAACUACCAAAUAGUCUCGUAUUCGAAUAAAAAAGUUCUACCUUUC